CGUGUAUGGCGCUACCUCAGAAUAGUAGCUCGUCUUGUAUAUCGUCAGCCAACCACUAAAUGAGUGCCGGCGAUAUGAGCCUGAGCUGCAGAAAUGCAAGCCACCACGAAGCGACAGGUCCGUUACCCCGUGGUCGGCUUCGCCGUGUAAGGCUUCAAAUGCCUAUAUAGUGCCGGUCAGUGCCCUCUCUUAAGAGCUGGCAGAAGGAAAUCAUAAAGAGGGCGCGACUUACAUUAUUGUUUGAUACCAUCUCUUUGUAUCGGCACAAUGACUCCUCAACCACUGCGACCUAUUUCUUAUCGAAAUGACCCUUUGCGCAGAGUCAAUGACGCUGCGCCAAAGUGCAUCGAGUAUGAUUUUCUUUCCGCCGGCAGCACCGAGGAAGGCCGCCUGAGAUCAAACUCUAUUACACUCGAUCCGAUCGCCUUGAAUCUUCCUUGGAGAAGCUGUUUCCCGGCAGCUCGACAGUGCAGGUUCUGGAGCGAGGCAGAGAAUGCUGGAAAAGCGCUGUUGUGCCAAAUUAAGCAAACCAAAUCUGCAAUAGGCGCUAAAAAAGGCUUGUCCGACAGCGAUGCACAAAGGGCAGAGGUGGAAUUAUCGAGUAAGGAGUUGGAGCGGAUCGUGAAUGCGUCAAGUGCGGCUGUAUACAUGAAUCCCAACUGCACCGUCGAGGAGAUUGAGAUCAUCUCGCAGCUCAACUUAAUACUAUGGAUUCACGAUGAUAUUCUCGAGUCGUCAGACAUGCCACACGAAAGUGCAACAAUCAUUGAGAAGGUUACAGCAAGCUGGGCCGAUAUCUUGGCUCAUCCGAAAAGCUAUGCUGCAGGUUCUGGUGAUGUAUUCGUCAACAUGGCUCAACAUAUCAUCAGCACCAAUGACCAAGGUGAAGGGCUCAUCCGGGGGUAUCUGACAUGGAUGGCUUUCAUGCGGUCGAAAAUGCGAGACCAGUUCAUCUCCCUCAGAGAUUACCUCGACUUUCGUGCAGUAGAUAUUGGACGCGACUACAUCUUGGCCGCGGUAAAAUUCGGCAACAAUGUUCAAUUGUCACCGUCCGAGGAACAACCAUUAGCCACAAUGAUUCAACUGGCCAUGGACCAUAUCAUCAUGACCAACGACCUAUUUUCUUACGACAAGGAAUGUCGUGACUCCGAGACCUGCGCGAACGCGGUCCGCUAUCUGGAGCAAGUGCUGGCAAUUGACGCUGGCUCGGCCAAGAGUGUUCUGUACGGCCUUCUCACCCGCACAGAAAGUCGAUUACACUCAGAGCUGGAAAGCCUGCGCAGCUCCGGCACAUUGAGUGAGCCUCAACUUCAGUAUGUACAAGGCGUGAUAGAAGCAGCAGCGGGUAAUUUGGCAUUCUCAAUCACCACCCGAAGGUAUAGCUCGAAGGAAACUGGUCAGCUUGGCGAGGUGAAAGGCUGAACGUGGAAGGAUAGAUUAUAGUUGUUUGUCCAUUGGGAUACUAUGCCAACCUU